AGUUGAAGCCGAUUGGUCUCUGCUUUUCCUUGCCUGUGGCAACUGACAGCACCUCCCAGCCUAGCAGGCCGGCUGCCUGCCUGCUCCCCGAGCCAGUCGGUGGGUCUGGGCACUGCAGCAGGCUCGGCUCUGUCCCAGCGCUUGCCUGGGAGAAAAGUGGUGGACUCACCCAGAGAGAAUCUUUCUCCCUUCUUUCUCUCUCGAUCUCUCUGUGUGCUUUUGUGUUUCUUUCUUUUCUUUUUCUUUUUUCUUUUUUUUUUCUUGUUUUUUACUUAAUUAUAUUUCUAAUCCUGGAUGAAGUUGCUGGAUUCUGCAGCACAAGUCUUCAUGAACAAGCCGCACCGCUCAGAGAUUUCACGGCAUUCAAAGGUCACAGAACUGCCACUAUGGUUAAAUGUCUUGUUUAAUGGUUGAGAGGUGUGGCGAAAUCUUGUUUGAAAACCCUGAUCAGAAUGUCAAAUGUGUUUGCAUGCUAGGAGAUGUACGACUAAAGGGUCAGACGGGGGUUCCUGCUGAACGCCGUGGCUCCUACCCAUUCAUUGACUUCCGCCUACUUAACAAUACAACACACUCAGGGGAAAUUGGCACUAAAAAAAAGGUGAAAAGACUGUUAAGCUUUCAAAGAUACUUCCAUGCAUCGAGGUUGCUUCGUGGAAUUAUACCACAGGCCCCUCUCCACCUGCUGGAUGAAGACUACCUUGGACAAGCAAGGCAUAUGCUCUCCAAAGUGGGAAUGUGGGAUUUUGACAUUUUCUUAUUUGAUCGCUUGACAAAUGGAAACAGCCUGGUAACACUGUUGUGCCACCUCUUCAACACUCAUGGACUCAUUCACCAUUUCAAGUUAGAUAUGGUCACCUUGCACAGGUUUUUGGUCAUGGUUCAAGAAGAUUACCACAGCCAAAACCCAUACCACAAUGCUGUCCAUGCAGCCGAUGUCAUCCAGGCCAUGCACUGCUACCUGAAGGAGCCAAAGCUCGCCAGCUUCCUCACACCUCUGGACAUCAUGCUUGGACUGCUGGCUGCAGCAGCACAUGAUGUUGACCAUCCAGGAGUGAACCAGCCAUUUUUGAUCAAAACUAACCACCAUCUCGCCAACCUAUACCAGAAUAUGUCUGUGCUGGAGAAUCACCACUGGCGAUCUACAAUCGGCAUGCUUCGAGAAUCAAGGCUUCUUGCUCACUUGCCAAAGGAAAUGACACAGGAUAUUGAACAGCAGCUGGGCUCCUUGAUCUUGGCAACAGACAUCAACAGGCAGAAUGAAUUUUUGACCAGAUUGAAAACUCACCUCCACAAUAAAGAUUUAAGACUGGAGGAUGUACACGACAGGCACUUUAUGCUUCAGAUUGCCUUGAAGUGCGCUGACAUUUGCAAUCCUUGUAGAAUUUGGGAGAUGAGCAAGCAGUGGAGUGAAAGGGUCUGUGAAGAAUUCUACAGGCAAGGGGACCUUGAACAGAAAUUUGAACUGGAAAUCAGUCCACUUUGUAAUCAACAGAAAGAUUCAAUCCCUAGCAUACAAAUUGGUUUCAUGACCUACAUCGUGGAGCCACUUUUCCGGGAGUGGGCCCGUUUCACUGGGAACAGCGCCCUGUCUGAGAACAUGCUACGCCAUCUGUCACACAACAAAGCCCAGUGGAAGAGCCUGUUGCCCAAGCAGCAGAGAAGCAGCAGCGGAGGUGGUGGCGGCGGCGGCGAGGACCAGGCAGGCCACGGGCCGGAGAACGAGGAGCAGACUGGGACCAUAGGCGACGCCCCGUAGUCCUGGCCGGCCUGCCCCUGCUCUGCGCAGAGAGAGAGAACCUCCUGGAGCAGAGGCCUCCUGAGGGGGUGGCAGCUCCGGGGGGGGCAGUUCUGGCCGACGAGCCCAGGCACUUGCCUGGGCUUUGUCCGGGGGGUCUCUGGAAUGCCACCCUCCUUCCACUUACCUGCCUCCCCUCCUUUUUCCAAGUGUACAGAAGCCAUCCGUCACCUCAGCAUUAGCUGCCGGAAUGAGCAACUCCAUUCAGGAACGUGGGAGCUGAUUCUCGGGGCAGGGUCGCCCCUCAAGGAGAAGAUCCGGGGAGUAAGAAAGAGGUGCUCCUGCCAUGUCCCCCUCGGGCCCUGGGUCACACUGUGACAGGCAACCAGUGGCUAAGUCCAGAGCAUUUUAGCAUUUGCCAUCUGACUGCUGAUCUGCAUGACAAAAACACCAGCAUAAUCAGAACUCCAAGGAGAUUGGUCUUCAGUGCAAGAGCACAAGCGAGAGCGUGAGAGAGAGGACCUUCUAUUUUAAUAAUAAUUAUUAUUAUAAAAAUAAUAAUAAAUCUUUUUAACUUUUCUAUUUUAUGCACUAGACAAUGGAUCUAAAACUUUGGAUUAAGAUUUCUCAAUGUACCCAAACUUGAACAGGGGGUUCAUUGUUUUGUUACUGACUUUUUGCCACUUUGGGUCAGAGAUUUGGCGUCUGCUCAACUUAAGAAACCACGUUUCCUAUCCGAUCCGAGGGGAAGGUGCUUGUACGGUUCAUUCCUUUGCACCAUUAGCCAAUCUGUCUUUUAUCAAUAACUCAGAUUCAGUGACAUGUUUAUAUGCACACAUGUACAUUUCCUGUAAAUACCAAGCGCUACUGAUUCCCAUGCCAAAAUACAUGAGUAUUAUGGGAUUGCUACCUGUAUAAACAAUGGCACUGUGAACAGAAUACUGUUAGUUUUAAUACAAGAGAAUGCGUUUGUAAAUCUGGUAUAGAGUUUAUUAAUAUACUAUUGUUUGCAGAUAAAGGCCUUAACUUUAAACAUUUUUCAUCUUCUGAGAGCUGCCCGACUUAAAUCCUCACAGGUAUCCUUCUGAACUGCCUUCCCAUGUCCAUCUUUGUGCUUUCCAGCUAAAGUCGAAAGCCAAAACUGAAUAAAGUCUUUGAGGAAAUAUUCUGGAAACUUCACACGCAUUCCACUUGAGACCAUAGUGUUUAAUCUAUGGCACCAAGCACUGUUUCCUCAGAUUAAUGAGACCUUUCAACAAGCCUGAAGUCACUUUUCAACACAGUGCUGUUGCACACUCUAUUUUAACAAGCCAGCUGAUAAGCUUGUGUUUAUGUGACUCUUGUCUUGGACCAUGGCGAUGUGUCAACCUUGCAGGAGACACAGCAGGUCUCACAAACUUUUAUGACCCUGUCAUCUAACCAUCAGGGAACUCCCUGCUCUCCCACCACACUUUUGUCUGUUAUGGCUACAGUACCAAAGCACCUUUGGUUUAUGGUUGGCGUGCACUUCUUUGGUGUUAAUAGUUAACUGGAUUUUUCUUUUUCCUUAAUUUCAUGUAAACAACUACUCAAUUAUUUAGCUGAAGUUAACUCUAUUUAAGUAGAGAAAACAUUUCAGUUUUUUGACCGAAUUCACCUUUCUGGCAGGUCAUCGUGGUUAAUUAUGGUUCUAGCUAACAGAGUCACCUUGGAAUCUGGUUGCCAUUUUUUCUGCAGACGCUUGGUCAGAAAAUCAGUUUGUCCACAGCAUCCUUCUCUAGUGACUAAACUCUGCAUUCAACCGUUUCCUCAAAAGUUCUAGCAUAAGCAAUGUUAUGUGAAGAUUGGCGUGUCCCUUUCUUCUCACCUUAAAUAAUGUUGUAGUGGGAGGACGAUAAUAUCAUUUCUGCCUCUAUCAAGCUACUUUGCAAGGUGACAAACCAACAGCUAACUCUCGUUUCCUACAUGCAACUCUUGUGGGGGUUUUUUCCCACCUAAUAUACCAAUGAAAUGUUAGAAACUUGACUGGUUUAUAAUAAGUUUCUGUAGAGAGACUGAGGUUUGCAGAGUUAGGGUUUAAGGGAAAUUUUGGAAAGUUGGUUAUAUUUUCAUUAAAGUGGGAAAGAUUGUCAGAUGGUACUAAAGAAAGUUUGAAAACCUUAUGAAAUGGGUGGAUGAUAAGUUGAAAUUGUUGAUCUGGGUAAGAGAGAAGUUGUGAAAUCUUAACACUAACUUUUUUUUCUCUGUAAUAACUAUGAACUGACACAUGAUUCUUUAUUGCUUUAAUCCUCUGAAGCUCUCAUCUUGAUGAGGUCCCAACAGAGAAUAUGUUGAAUGUAUUCCUGCUUCCAAAUCUCUCUUACUUUGGUCUGAUGAUGCAGAGAGAGCUUUUGAGUGGUCUGUGUUUAAUGUUCAUGAGAUUGAACGAAGGAAAGCAAUUGCCAAGGAUGAUACAGUGGAGAAAAGAGAGAAGAUGCUAUUUCAGCAAAUGGGGCCUCUACCUUGGGUUUAGUAAAUGGACUUUGUUUAAAUUAUAUUUAUAUUUUAACUUAAAUAAAUGAGAUUGGAGGCAUUUUUAGUAGUUCCAAGUUUCUAGGACAAAAGUCUAUGUUACAAUUAGGUCUUGAAGAAACGUUCUCAGAGAAAACCACCAAAUAUCCUACAGUUAAGUCUAUGAAGCAGCUACCAGUACAAUCAAAAUUUGAAGUCAAAUGAGACAUGAUGCAUAAACGAGAUGCAUUUUUGUCCUUCUUUCGACCAUCUGGAGUUUUCUUGAGUUUCUUGCUUUUUGGCAAAAAUGAAGAAGAAGAAGAAGAAAGAGGGAAGAAGAAGAAAAGAAGAAGAAAGAAGAAGAAGAAGAAGAAGAAGAAGAAGAAGAAGAAGAAGAAGAAGAAGAAGAAGAAGAAGAAGAAGAAGAAGAGAGGAGGAACGGAAUGUGAAAGCUUUUUUUUUUCCCUUGCCUGCUAGUGGCUCUCUUUCAAAAGAAGAGUUCAAUUGCUAGUUGAGACCUAGCUAUUGGAUCAUCCAUGGAUUUUAUCUUUAUAUUCUUCUCCUGGUCCGUGGACCACCGAUAGCUGAUUUACCAAGUUUAAUUCUGUCAUCACUUGAGAAGAAAGGAACCAAAGGGCUAUUUUUAGUAAGCAAAAUAGAGUUCAGAUCAAAUUAAGAGAGAGAGAAUAUAUAUCACUGCCAGGCCUGAUCGUCAAAGCCUGCUUCUCUUUUAACAGCAUCUGUGAAUAGUCAGAAACUUGUUCAUGAAGCCCUGACCUACCCAUAACUCCUCUAUGCCGAAUAAAACUCCCGCUCUGUUUCUACCUGCAUAAGGCUUCCCACAAAGGCAUUUGGAAUGUGUCCAGCAACACUGUCUUCAGAUAGUGCUUCCUACAAAACACAGACUUGUUUUGUAAUCUUUUCUCAUGUUGAAUCAAUCAGAUCUGCUCACUGAUUUGAAUUUGGUUAUGAGCUUGUGUCUCACUGUAUUUCUUAUGCUUUGUUCUUUUAAGCAAACCCUUAAAAUUGUUUGUGUUGUGUGUACACAUGUUGUACAAAUUGUUGUUUUGUGUACACAUGUGAGAUUUAGAGAAAAAAAACCACCUUGUGAGUUUUGCUCAAAAUGUGGCCUAAAUAUCCAUUGGCAUGCCUAGAUGAACAAUUGAAAAUAAAGAUAAUUUCUUAAAAACA